AAAGGUUCACAACAGUAGCUGUACUUUUAAGAGUGGAUGUUAAGGUGUCUGUUGAAGGAGAGGAGAUCAGGCCUGGAAGGUGUAAGCUGGACCAUAUGGACUCUGGAAUAUCAAGUUCUCUCUCCAGCAUGUCGAUGACCCAGUCCAGCCCUGGUCGACCCCCCCACACCGCUGCCCCCGGGCCCCUCCAGGGUCCUCUCGGCACUGCUCUGGUCCAGUUCCAGCUAGGCCUCUUCAGGGAGGUGGUUCGGGUGUCUGGGGGGCAGCUCAGCUACUGCCAUGCCAAGAGACUGGCUGCAGAGAUCAUAGAACGCAAGGCUCCAGACUGUAGUGUGGUGGGUAUUGGGGAGAAGGUCCUCCUGUUCAGACACCAGACAGGCUCGGAACACCUCCUCCACAGACUCACGGACCAGGAUGCACUGCUGGACGGCGACCUCAUAGAGAUCAUCCUCUCAGGAUCAGCUACUGUGACGAGGAUAAAGAUCCGCCCACACUCCCUGGCUGUCCAAUCAUAUCGCACCCCCACCUUCUGUCAUCACUGUGGGGAGAUGCUGUGGGGGUUGGUACGUCAAGGGUUAAAAUGUGAAGGUUGCGGGUUAGACUUUCAUAAGCGCUGUGCGCUGCAGUUGCCUAGUGACUGUAGCCAUGCACGCCGUCGUGUGUGUGGCCCCAGCCUGUCCUUAUUCCCCCCUGCCAGGCCCCGGACACACUCCCUCUCCACACCUGCAGGGGGCAGUAUGGAGGAGAUCAGUAUGUUCAAGCCCGGGCCCAGACCUCCGUCGUGGGCAGAUCAACCGGUGUGGCUGGGGCUGGUCCAGGGAAAGGGUGGCGUGGCGGGGAGGGCCAGGGUGCCACACACCUUCCACAUCCACAGCUACACCAAGCCCACCGUGUGCCAACAUUGCUACCACCUCCUUAAGGGCCUGUUCCGUCAGGGCCUGCAGUGCUCCGACUGUAAGCUGAACUGCCAUCGUCGCUGUGAGUCCUCCCUGGUCCCCGCUGACUGUCCUGGAGUGAGGACCAACACCAAUGGGGAAGGAGACUCCGUGGCCAGUCUGGGCUAUAAGGACGACACAGAGGAGGAGGAUAUGAGAUGCAGUAUGACAUCACUAGAAGACCAUGACGAUGAGCCGUCUACUGAGGACCCAUUUGCUGAGAUCAAGGAGGUGGGACAACAGCCACCAAUCACUCCGUGUUUCAGUAGUUAUAUUCCUCUGAUGCGGGUGGUCCAAUCAGUUCGUCACACUAAGAGAAGGACCAGUGGAGUCCUGAGAGCGGGCUGGCUACUGCAUCACACCAACACCGACACACUGAGGAAACGUCAUUACUGGAUAUUGGACUGGAAGAAUAUUACUCUGUAUCAGAAUGAGACAAGCACCAAGUACUACAAGGAGCUUCCUCUGUCUAAUGUGCUGCAGGUGCGAGGCCCCGCUCAACUGUCUGGCCCCUUGUUGCCAGACAACAGUGCGCACUCGUUCGAGGUGGUGACGGGCACGCUGGUAUACUGUGUGCUGGCGGGCAGGGACGGGCAGGCCUGGGAGACCGCAGUACGCCAGGCUCUGAUGCCCGUCCAGAGCAGCGGGCAGGCGGGCAAACAGGGACAGGACCAUGGACCCCAGAGUGGAGAGAAACCGGACAUCAGUUCAGUGUAUCAGAUCUUCACCGAGGAGGUGCUUGGUUCGGGACAGUUUGGAGUGGUGUAUGGAGGCACCCACAGACAGUCUGGUCACCCAGUGGCCAUCAAGGUCAUCGACAAAACCCGUUUCCCAACCAAACAGGAGAGACAGUUGAGGAACGAGCAGGCAAUUCUACAGAAUCUGUCUCACCUGGGUGUAGUUCUACUGGAGGGAAUGUUUGAGACCCUGGAGCAUGUCUUCGUUGUCAUGGAGAAGCUCCAUGGAGACAUGCUGGAGAUGAUUCUGUCCAAUGAAAAGGGCCGUCUGCCAGAGCGCACGACACGCUUCCUGGUUACACAGAUUCUAGAGGCCCUGCGCUACCUGCACUUCAAACACAUUGCUCACUGUGACCUGAAACCUGAGAAUGUAUUGGUGGCCUCCCCAGAUCCUUUCCCUCAGGUUAAGCUGUGUGACUUUGGCUUCGCCCGAAUCAUCGGCGAGAAGUCUUUCCGCCGCUCAGUGGUGGGGACGCCGGCCUACCUGGCGCCCGAGGUCAUCAGUAUCCAUGGUUACAACCGUUCGCUGGACAUGUGGGCUGUGGGCGUGGUCCUGUACGUCAGCCUGAGCGGAACAUUCCCCUUCAACGAGGAUGAGGACAUCAGUCAGCAGAUCACCAACGCUACCUUCAUGUACCCCCGUCUGCUCUGGUCUAACAUCUCACUAGAGGCGGUGAGUCUGAUCAACAACCUUCUCCAGGUGUCAGUGAGACGUAGGUUCAGUGUGGGGAAGGCCCUGGGACACGCCUGGCUACAGGACUUCCAGUUGUGGUGUGACCUGAGGGAGUUUGAGCAGAGGAUGGGCUGCCAGUACCUGACCCAUAAGGGAGACGAGGACCGCUGGAGACACCACGCUCAGGAGAGAGGCCUGCACUUCCCUUCUCACCUCCCCUGGACCCCAGGGCACGACAACAGCCUGUGACCCUAAGGCACAAAGGUGAAAGGUCAAUGGCUGGACAAGAUGACUACUGGUGUGUUUCGGUGGUGACCAGCAAAAAGAAAAUGAAUUCUGAUGAACUGAUAAAGAAGCACACAGCGACCUAUGUUUUUUUUAUGGACAAAAGUCUUAUAUGAUCACUGUGAUUUUUUUUGCCAUGAUACUCCUAUACUGCCUGCAUCUGAGUGAUGGAAGCCAGGAGAACAGGCCGUGGCUCGGGUGGCUGAAGUUCUCGAUGAUCUUCUUGGCCUUCCUGUGACACCUGGUGUUGUAGGUGUCCUGAAGGUCAGACAGUGAGCACCCCAUGGUGCGUUGGGCUGAUGGUACCACCCUCUGUAGAGCCUUGCGAUCAGCGGAGGUGUGGUUGCCGUCCCAGGCCGUGAUGCUCUCGAUACCCCUGUCCGCUUGAUGGUGCUGUUCACCAAACAAUAAACAGCAUUGCUCAGUAACUUGCUUAAUUUUUUAUCAAAUAUUUGCAAAUGUAUGGUGUUUAAAAUCCUCUAUAUAGAGUGAAAAAUAGAUACAUUUAAUUGGUGCUAUUGCUUAGGGGGUUUAUAUUAAAGGCUCUAAAAGGGUAUAAAUCUAGGUUGUCUUUCUCUAUCUCUAUCGCUCUCUCCUCCCCCUUUCCCCCUAACCCCGCCCUCUGGCAAAACCCCUCCCACAACCUCUUCUGAGAACAAAAGUGAUCAGUCUCAUCUCUCUCUCCAGAGGAGUCAUGUCCAUAGGGGGCACAGAUUGGUCCUGUUUAAUUGUUGUUGUUGUUGUUUCUCUGUAAUAAUACUAGCAACCUAGCAAUUGUAUAAAGUUGAAUUUAGCCAGCCCAGAUAGGUUCCCAAUCUCCCAACCUCAUAGCUAGCUACUAAGAAGCCAUUUCUAGAGUAGCUAGCUUGUCUAACUAUAGUAUAUUAGCUGGCAUGCCUGCUGGCAAGGUUGGUAAACUUUAGAAAAGCAAGGAAUAACUAAAUGUACUAAAUCAUUCCUUUUAAUCUUAUGCCCAGAUUUUAGAAGAGAUGCAGAGAAGGGUAUUUAGUUUCUUUAUAAAAAGAAGGACCAGUCUGGAGGGUACAGACAGCUUAAGAGUUAUGCUUAAAUAUGCAGAAAAAAAUACUUUUUUUCAUAGAAUUAAACAUAACGAGUGUGGCUCUAGAUUUCAGGGAAAAUAUUAUUCAGGUGUUUGAAACAUGCUAUAUUAUCCACCUUCCGGACUGACGGCCUAGCUCCCUCCAGAACUCCCUCAAGCCUCAUGUACUUUGUUCCCCCUCAGAUUUUUGGGCUGCAAGACACCUCUGUCUCUCUCCGUCUGUCUCUGCCUUUGUGUCUGUCUGUAUGUCACACUCUCUUCUCUCUCUCUCUGACCUGUUUGUGCUUUUUCCUACUCCAUUGUCAUUAUCAAUCCAAACUGAUCGGAGUCUCUGUGUGCUCUGUCUGUGUGAGAGUGAUCAACAGUCCAAAUGGCUCAACAAGGAUGUCUGCUGAACCAGGACCAGCUCUGUUGUUCUUUCUGUAUGGAUCUACUUUAAGGAGUCGGUCACCAUCCCCAUGUGGACACAGUUACUGCUGGAGCUGUAUUGAGGGAUGCUGGGAUCAAGAUGAUUGGAAGGGUGUCUUCAGCUGCCCCCAGUGCAGGAAAAACCUUCACUCAAAGGCCAACUUUGAUGAAAAAUAACAUGCUGACUGAGGCGGUGGAGAAAGUGAAGAAGACAUGACUCCAGGAUGCUUCCCCUCCUGCUCUGUGCUAUGCUGGACCUGGAGGUGUGGCCUGUGAUUUCUGCACUGGGACCAGAAACCCCUCAUGUCCUGUGUGAUGUGUCUGGUGUCUUACUGUGAGACUCACCUCCAAUCUCACUAUGAAAUCCCUGGACCACCGCCCAACUACAGGAGCAGAUAUGUUCUCAUGACAAACUGCUGGAGGUUUACUGUCGUACUGAUCAACAGUGUAUCUGUUAUCUGUGUGUUAUGGAUGAACAUAAAGGCCAUGAUGCAGUGUCAGCUGCAGCAGAGAGAACUGAGAAACAGAGCCAGCUGGGGAUGAGUCAGCAGUUCCAGCAGAGAGUCCAGGACAGAGAGAAGCUUCUGAAGGAGCUCCAGCAGGCUGAGGAGAUUCUCAAGACUCCCGUCAGCUCACACUGGACCCACACACAGCACACAAACUGUCUGAGGAGAACAGAAAGGUGACAUAUACAAGACAACCCCAACCAUAUCGUGACCAUCCAGGUCCAGUCUGGACGCUGUUACUGGGUGGUUGAGAGGAGUGUUCAUAUAGCAGUCUCCUAUAAAGACGUCAUUAGAGGGUCAUCACUGAAACGUCCUGGAGUUUCAACUGCGCCAGCAAUGAUGAGAGUUUCCACCACCAAAGUAUCAGGCCCUCUGUCUUCCAGAGUAGGAGUGUACCUGAAUCACAAGGCAGGUACUCUGUCCUUCUACAGCGUCUCUUCUGAUACAAUGACCCUCCUCCACAGAGCCAAGACAACAUUCACUCAGCCCCUCUAUCCUGGGAUUAUGCUUUGACAUAAACUGUGGUAGAAAUCCCCGUGCUUUUCCCCCCCUCAACGAAUAGAUAUUUAGCUAUAUAAUUCCUUCACCGUUGCUCUUUGGAGAUUGAAUGAAUUAAAUAUAUUUUGAUAAAACAAUGUUUUAAUCUUAUACUGCAUGUUCAAAUUCAUCAAGUGUUUCUGACACAAUGACCCUCCUCCAUAGAGUUCAGACAACAUUCACUCAGCCCCUCUAUAAGGAGUUUGGGGUUUGUUAUCAGCACAGUCAUGAUACUUCAGAGCUGUGUAAACUGUGGUAGAGGUCACCACACUAGAGUGAAGCUUUAUAAUGCUCUUUUCUGAUUUGAUCAUGAGAUUUUUGUUGACUUUACUGUUGUAAUCUCAGAUUCAUCAUUGAUAUAUUUUCACUUUUAUGUCAAAUACUGAAAAUUGUUAAUCAUCACUAAUUAUUAUCUAUGUACUGUAAGUCAAUGAAUCAAAAUAGGUUCCUUGGUAUUAAUCUGUUUUCCUACUAGCAUGUAAUGUGCUGUAAUACGUAUUUAGGUGAGAAUCAUAAACUCCACUCCGAGUUACAUUUUAAUUUAUUAAUGCAUUGAUGUUAAUAGGAGACAUAGUGAACAUUCGACUAAAGUGGAAGUUAGGAUUUGCCCCUAACAUCAUUGGAUAGAUUUCUUUGGGAUAGUUUGCUCUUAGGUUGCACAUACAGCUUGAUCAACUAUCAUAAACCUGUCCAGCUGAUGGGGCUGUUUGCCAAACAAUAAACAGCAUUGCUAAUCUGUAGAUCUGACACUCAGUAAGUCAGUAAUUAGCUACAUUUUCUAUGAAAUCUUUGAAGAUGUAGGGUGUUUCUAAAUCUCUAUUGUAGUGAAUAAUAGAUUGAGUAACUGAUUCUACUGUUCAGGGGCUUGAUAAUAAAGGGUUUUAAACUCUU